CUAAAAAUGACACCAAAGUUCACAUCAAUGACUAUUUUGUCUUUGUGCUUAUUGGUAGCGACAGCAAUCGGACAAGUUCAGAGAUGAGCUGGGCUUGAUCCUUCCGCAGAAGUAGUGACUUCUUACUGGCUCAACCAACCUAUAGCUAUUGGAGGAUCAUUUUAUGACCCAGCAGACGACAGGUUAUAUUUAAGCUAUGGAGACUCCCCUAAUGCAGGUAUAAGAAGAUAUCUGCUAGAUGUAGAUCAACAGACCACUGAAGUCGAGUAUUUAUAUGAAAAUCCUGAAGGAGAAAGUGGCAGAGGACUUACCAGAAUUGGCGAUCUAUUCUAUCAAAUUACUUACCAAGAUGGAAUUCUCAAUGAGUUCACUCUAGGCUUUGAUGAUGAUGAGAAUGCUAUUCUUGAGCUCCAGCAUCAGUAUGCUAUUCCAAGAGAUGAUAAUUGUGUUGUCCCAGAAGGAUGGGGACUAACCGAUGAUGAAACCUUUCUAUACAUGUCUGAUGGAUCUCAUCAUAUUUAUCGAAUUAAUCCAGAGACUUUAUCUGAAUUUGAUCCUCAUGAAUUUAGAAUAAUAUAUGGGGCUGAUGAAUGACCAGAAGAUUCUCACUUCGAUCAUAUUUACUCCAUUUUUGAAUCAGAUACAGGAGACAGGAUGGAGGGAAUAAAUGAACUUGAGCUUGUCAAUCAAAAUCUGUAUGCAAAUAUUUAUGAUGAAUCACUAGAGACUUAUAGAGUUAUCUCAAUUGCAACUGAACCUGACAGUGAAUCAAUGACAAUAGAAAGAGUCUACGAUUUCUGAUUACUCCAUGAGCUGCUUUGUGAGGAGCUGUUAAGAGCUGGAGUGAGCACCACAUGAGAAGGUCCUGCCAAUUUAAAUGGGAUAGCAUAUCAUAACCCCACUAACUCUUUCCUUCUCUCUGGUAUUAACUGGCCAAUCUUGUUCCAGGCUACUCUUGAUGACAAUUUAAAUAUUCAAUAAAUAA